UUCGACUAGUACGUGAACGCGGCGGUAAUCGGUUGUAACAGACCGGAUUUUGUGGAGGUUGGGGGUAUUCAGUUGCUGUACCUCAAACACAUGCUGUACCUCUCAAGGAAACUGUAAAAACGUAGUUCACAAAAUGUAUACGUUUAUAUUAUUUGUUUUUUAUUUCUCGACGGAAUGUAUUGUUCAGAGCCAAAGCGUGAUCUACAUCUACACUGCCCUCUCAAAGCCAGUUGAAUUGCCUGGUAUCCAUGAGUUCACUGCCAUGGGCCUGAUGAAUAAUAGACAGAUCGAUUACUAUGACAGUGUGGAUAAAAAGAAGAUUCCCAAACAGGACUGGAUGAGGGACAAGCUGCCAGCAGACUACUGGGAAAAAGGCACUCAGUCACGCAAGAGCAAGGAGCAGUGGUUCAAAGUAAACGUCGACAUCCUGAUGAACCGCAUGAGGCACAACAACACUGAUGUCCAUAUCCUUCAGUGGAGGCAUGGCUGUGAGAUUGACAAACAGCCAGACGGCACAUUGAAAUUCAUAAAGGGCACUGACCAAUACAGCUACGAUGGUGACGACUUCCUGGCCUUUGACGAUGCCAAUAUGCAGUGGGUGGCCCCAGUUGAUCAAGCUCUGCCGACUAAGAGGAAGUGGGACGGGGUGCAGAUCCUCAACCAGUACACCAAGGGCUACCUGGAGAAGGAGUGUGUGGACUGGCUGUCCAAAUUCAUGACAUAUGGGGACAAAGAAUUCAGUAAAGCUGACUCCCCUCCAAAUAUCUAUGUUUUUGCUAAUAAGGCCAAAACUGCAGGAAAUGUCCGCCUGACCUGCAUGGCGACAGGUUUCUAUCCCAAAGAUGUGAAUAUUAAUUUUAAGAAGAACGGUAUCCAACUGAACAAAAACGAUGGAGUGCUGUCUACAGGAGCCCGACCCAAUAAUGAUGACACCUACCAGAUCAGGAUGAGUGUGCAGAUCCCAGAGGCAGACAAGCAAACUUAUGAAUGCUUUGUCAACCAUAUAACGUUGAACGAGUCAAUUAUGGAAAAAUGGGAUGGAACAUGCCGUGAUUGUAGCCAAUCCACAGAUGCUAUCAUUGCUAUCAUCAUUGGUGGCGCUGCUGCCAUUGGCAUAAUUAUCGUGCUGUUUCGUUGGAAGAAGGGCAAAAUAUGUGCUGGUAAUACAGGAGCUCUACCACCUACUGGGAUCCAGGCCCCUCUAAAUGGUGCUGGUUAUACAGGAGCUCUACCACCUACUGGGAUCCAGGCCCCUCUAAAUGGUGCUGGUUAUACAGGAGCUCUACCACCUACUGGGAUCCAGGCCCCUCUAAAUGGCAAAGACAGUGGAAGCAUCAACUCAUCAGACUCUGGUAAAGGCAGCCAGAAGGAAAGGUCUUCAGAUGGAGCCAGUGAGGAGGCACCGAUGCUGCCUAUUUGAAGUGGCUAGAUGUCUUGGUGGGGAAACUUCCUGACCGGACCGGUCAAUUCAUUUCAUAUUAUGGCUAUUGAUAAUGCUUGUUAUUCAGUUACACUGCUCAAUUCUUAUAAGCUUGUGAUGGAAAUGAUAGUUACUUAUAGUUACAGUUAGUAUGUGCUGAAAAGUGCUGCAUUUAAUAGUGUUUGCUGUUCUUAGGUAAGGUUCUGUACUUCCAAAUACACUCAAUAGUUGGUGGUUAGGUACCGGUCGGCUCGAUGUGUACAUUUCUCUUCAAUGAAUUUAUUCUGUGGUACAUUUCAUGUUUUACUGUUACACUGGAUGUUACUGUAUGGAGAGAGGUUAACGCACAAUGAAAAGGCAUCUUUACAGUAUUUGUAUCAGUCUUCAGGGAUUAUAACUAGACCUGUACUAGAUCAGGGUUAUAUAGGCUGAGAAGUAUACUGUAUGUUUGUAUGUUUUCAUACCUCUGGUCUCUGCCCAAUCGGUGACAACCUCUUCUUUUAGGGAACAUUUCAAAAGAGUUCUAGACAAACAUCUUCAGUAAUAUUUUGAGUAACAAAAAAGCUCUACAACAUAUUUACUGUAUGUGUUUCAUGACUGUUUUUACCAUAUUGUAUAUAUUUUUUUAAGUUCCUGCAAAUAAAUAUAAAAAAAUAUGAUGUUUAAUAUUGUAAAGUAUUGUUAAUACUUUGGGUAUUUGCAAUAUAAUAUUUUAAGAUCGUUUUUUUAAACUUAGGGCCAUUUCAAAACCUUUCACUGGGCUGCUAAGCUAAGACAAAUCUACACUCUUGAAUUAAUACGUAGUGGAAUUUCUGUUAAUAUCACAUUGUAAACAUUGUUUUAUCGAGGACACAAAUAAUCCCAACAUGCAGUCUUGAAGCGCAGGAUUUAAAUAGUUUCUCUUAUCACAGAAACCUGGUCAGUGUUUUUUUUUAAUAGGGCCUGUUGUGUUAUUUCAAUAAUUUUGCAUGGCAUUGCUCUGCUACUAUGUACUAACCCGUAUGUUACAUCACUUAUUACAUGCCCACGGAUGCACGCAGAAACACACACACACACACACAAUGGUUAUAACCUGUAAAUGCUUUUAAAAUAUCCUGUAUGAUUUAUUUUUUUAUGACAGAAAAAUAAAAUAAUU